GAGCCAGGAAGGCAGCGUGGGAAGGAUGCAAAGGCGAGUGAAUAAUCAACGGCGCGGUGGUGAUUGAUUGGUGUCGGGAAAGCUGUGUGAUGUGAAGUCGCUGCAUGAACCCGCAGUUCGUCCCCAUUCCAGCGCGUCGCUGGUCAAAGCCGGGGCCGAGCACCGUUUUUUUGAAACGCUUGAUUGGCAAUUGGCGCAGGACUCAUCACAUUAGCAAGCGAAAUGAGGGGAGACAUGUCCCCCAGUUGGUUCAUAUAAGGGGGGCAGGCGGGUGUUUCAUGUUUGCCUCAGGGAUUGCUUGGUGGUUGGCAUUUUGGUCCCAUUUGCCCCAGAGGGUCUCGGCGGAAAUUGAUCCCAAUUCAACUCCCGACGCCGGUGGCUGCAGCAGGGCUGAAAGUGCACCACAUAAUGGCUGGAAAGGGUUGAAGGGUCUUUCCUCCAAGCUGAUGAAAUGUAGAAUUAAGAUCCAAGAAUUGAGAGAGAUUCUCGCGCGGUCCUCGACGCGUGACCCUAAAGAGUGCCACUAACCCGAUGGGGUCAUCAGCAAUACUCCAACAGUCUAUAUAUACCCUAUAACAACUUACCAACUUACCUACCACUGCUGCAUAUCGUCAAUAGAAAACUGCAUCAUGAUUUAAAAUAAGCUUAUCCAGAACAGUCUCUGAUCCAUCGUCCUCUCCUGGCCA